AUGCUCCCCUUCUACCUCUCCCGCUACGGCAACCCGCACUCCCGCACCCACCUCUACGGCUGGGAGUCGGACGCCGCCGUCGAGGAGGCCCGCGCGCGCGUCGCCAGGCUCAUCGGCGCCGACCCCAGGGAGAUCUUCUUCACCUCGGGCGCCACCGAGUGCAACAACAUCGCCGUCAAGGGCGUCAUGCACUUCUACCGCGACCGCCGCCGCCACGUCAUCACCACCCAGACCGAGCACAAGUGCGUCCUCGACUCCUGCAGGUACCUCCAGCAGGAGGGGUUCGAGCCGCUCGAGGAGAUUGGCCGCAUCUGCCGCGAGAAGGGCGUGCCCUUCCACACAGACGCGGCGCAGGCUCUCGGGAAGAUCCCAAUUGAUGUCAACCAGAUGGGGAUUGGACUCAUGUCGCUGUCUGCUCACAAGAUUUAUGGGCCCAAGGGUGUCGGUGCGCUCUACCUGCGCCGCCGCCCUCGCAUUCGCGUGGAGCCACAGAUGAGUGGGGGUGGCCAGGAACGUGGCAUCCGCAGUGGCACGGUGCCCACGCCAAUUGUUGUUGGAUUUGGUGCUGCCUGCGAAAUUGCAGCCAAAGAGAUGGACUACGACGAGAGGCGAGUUAGUGCUCUGCAGCAGCGUCUGCUUGAUGGCAUCCGUUCCAAGGUUGAUGAUGUUGUCAUCAAUGGUAGCAUGGAGCACCGGUACGCGGGCAACCUGAACUUGUCAUUUGCAUAUGUCGAGGGCGAGAGCUUGCUGAUGGGGCUGAAGGAGGUGGCUGUGUCAAGUGGCAGCGCAUGCACCAGUGCUAGUUUGGAGCCUUCCUAUGUGCUCCGGGCGCUUGGUGUGGAUGAGGACAUGGCACACACCUCCAUUCGAUUUGGCAUUGGCCGCUUCACCACCGAGGAAGAGGUCGACAGAGCAACUGAGCUCACUGUCCAUCAGGUGCUUAAGCUCCGGGAGAUGAGUCCACUCUAUGAGAUGGCUAAGGCAGGCAUCGACAUCAAGAGCAUCCAGUGGUCGCAGCACUGA